GACACAUGCGAACAAUCCAACUACUAUCUCUACUUGAUCUUCGUCUGCUAUUCUGUAAUCUCUUAGGCUAAAUUGACCUCUUUCGUUCCUUUCCUGCUUUCCGGCUUAGUUCAGUAUGCCAGUUUGCUAACUUCUCGGCCGGGUGGGGUCAACAUCCGAUCUUUUGGCCUAGACCUCGAAGACUAGAAAGUAUAUGCCAAUUUAGUAUUUCCACACUUGCAUACAUAGCAACUUUAAUAUUCACAGGUCACAGGAUUUGCAGAUCGGCUGCGCUAUGCCUCCUCCCCGAACCAUCAAAAGUCGAGCCACCAAUCUUAGUGCCUACAAAAUGUUCCAACCAAAACCCCAAUUACGGAUACGGGUCAACCCCAGCCUUCAACAAGCCAUCUCUAACCGAUGAUUGCCAGUUCCUAAGCUCUGGCCUAAACACAACUGUCUUCUCAACCCACUCGUACUUCAGCUUUAAAUAUCCGAUUCCUUCACCCGAACCAAACCUUCCCUGCCUUAGUUCGAUGGAAUGCUACCCAGUUCAUUCGUGCACUAUGCUUAACACAUGUCAUUCGUUCUUUGACUUUCAAACUAUAUUGUUGAUGUACUUGAAUUUUCUUUGUCGAGAUUGGGUUGGUGUUCCGUGUACCGCACCUUUGCUUGUGUAGCUUAUUUUGAAUAAGACAGGAAGCGGGUAGAAUAAGAUUAAGGAGGCGAGGUAAAUGAGAAAGAACCCACUGAUGAUAGUGAUCAGUAUAUGGUCUUUGACCAAGUUGAGAAAUAAAGAUAAAUAGUCCAUUGUUCUAAUUGAAGAGCUUUUCCUAUUCCUCCCCCCCUUCCCACAAGCUUCCAUCUUUGAGAUUGUCCAAUUCUCCAUCUUAGAUGAGGUAGAUCUGGACAAUCUGACGUAUAUAAAUCAAGACUUGCACUUUGCAGGGGCAAGCUCUCUCUAUUUCCAAGAUUUUCUCGUAGCAUAUGCCAACGAAAUGCUCCUUUUUUUUUAGGGGGCUGGCUUUCGUUCGCAACAAGGUAGCCAAACGGGUUCUGUUUAGCGUGGACAACAUUCACUGGCUAAACCAUAUCUAUAUGGAUCUUGUGGAUCAUGGAAGCCGAAGUGAAUACUUUGUCCAAGUUAUAAAAUUGAUUGGAGGGUAGUCUUUCUUUUUCUGAUGUUUCCUGACGUACUGGAGUUAUAACAUUUGAAUUUCUCUUACAUUCUUCGUUCCCGAAAUGGAUCCUAUCAAAUAUUUUACAUUUUCUAUGAUCAUCUUUAUUUCAGGUAUUCGGGGUAUUCUCCUUAAUAGACGAAAUAUUCCUAUUAUGUCAAUGUCAAUUGAAUCAAUGUUAUUAGCUGUGAAUUCGAACUUUUUGGUAUUUUCUGUUUCUUCGGAUGAUAUGAUGGGUCAAUCAUUUGCUUCAUUGGUUCCAACGGUGGCAGCUGCGGAAUCUGCUAUUGGGUUAGCCAUUUUCGUUAUUACUUUCCGAGUCCGGGGGACUAUUGCUGUAGAAUCUAUUAAUAGCAUUCAAGGGUCAGGGCCUUUCUCGCUGGGCGAAUUGAGUUCGCAGGCUAGAAAGAUGCUAUUUGCUGCUAUUCUAUCUAUUUGUGCAUCAAGUUCGAAGAAAAUAUUAAUUUAUAAUGAAGAAAUGAUAGUAGCUCGUUGUUUUAUAGGCUUUAUCAUAUUCAGUCGGAAGAGUUUAGGUAAUACUUUCAAAAUGACUCUCGACGGGAGAAUCCAGGCUAUUCAGGAAGAAUCGCAGCAAUUCCCCAAUCCUAACGAAGUAGUUCCUCCGGAAUGCAAUGAACAACAACGAUUACUUAGGAUCAGCUUGCGAAUUUGUGGCACCGUAGUAGAAUCAUUACCAAUGGCACGCUGUGCGCCUAAGUGCGAAAAGACAGUGCAAGCUUUCUUAUGCCGAAACCUAAAUGUUAAGUCAGCAACACUUCCAAAUGGCACUUCUUCCCGUCGCAUCCGUCUUCAGGACGAUCUAGUCACAGGUUUUCACUUCUCAGUGAGUGAAAGAUUUGUCCCCGGGUCUACGUUGAAAGUUUCUAUAGUAGAACUCAUUCGAGAGGGCUUGGGGGUCUUAAAAAUGGUUCGGGUGGGGGGUUCUCUUAAGAAUAAAGAAGACGAAUAGAAUCUAAUUCAUGAGAAGAGUCCAGAGGCACUUCAUUCAAUCGAAAGAAGCAUUACGAACAGAUACCCAGCAUGCCAGUGGCGCGACCUGGUCCGAGAAAAGAUGGACCUCAAGGAUUUGCUUAGGCAAAGGAAGGAUGGGAGCAAGUUAAGUUUAAGUUAAGGUAGCCGAGAAUUUCCCAAAACCCACGAAGACGGGGCAACUCGUCAACCAACGUCGGUCAUAGGGAAAGCUGUGCCCUCGGCCUUGGAAACAAGGGAGGAAGAACUUCUGAUGGAGAACCUCCAAAAGAAGAAAGGGCAACUGGGGGAGGAGGUUGAAACCGAAAGUGGGAUGAUCAAGAUUGCCGUAGGAAGCAUCAUUUUAGUUGCUUGUAGUUGGUCCACGUUCCCGAAAUGGAACGAUUCAAGCUGGCCAAAUGGUUGUGAUAGGGAAUUUGUUCGGUGUCUCGGAGUUGUUCCUAUUAAUGGUUGUAUUGUCUAUAGCAAGAUAAGAUCCAGUGAGUGGCGCAGAGAUUGAAUUUGGAACCCGGACCACACCUCAUGGGCGCCCGGGCCGACCGGCAGGCUAAGGGCAAAAGAAUCCGUUUCAAAGAAAGCGGUGACCUCCAAAAAAGAGAGGGAGAGAGAGAUCUCUCGUUAGGUCUGGGGUCUUGUCGGUCCGGAGGUUGGGGGCUAGACCCCGAAAAUGCCUCCAUCGUAUUCUUUCUUUCAAGUUGGGGCUUAUGGUUCCUUAGUCGGGGUAAAACAAGGUAGAAACCUAGUCGGUGGGUUCGACUCCCACAGGGAUAGUUUGAACUGCUGUUUCAGAGCCGACAACGAUGCUAUAAAGAAGAACGGUUGGGGCAUUUGGUACGAUUUUGUGAGACUGCUUCUGGUGCUGCAAUCGAAGCUAACGAAGACAUGCCUUCUGACUAUGGAGAAGGAAACACACUAUGGGACUGCAGUUGCGCCAAUGCUUGCCGGGAACCAAUAGCAAAAAGACCUUCCUUUCCUUCCGAAAGAAAAAGAAAGACUUACUUUGCUUUGAAACCGGGAUUCCCCUAUCGAAGAAACGAACUUGGAGACUCCAGUCCCGUAACGACAGAGACAGAUGGAAACAUUGGGGAAGACCUUUCCCCCUACAGCGAAUGGGCUAGAACCCGCGAAUGAGCUAGAACCAGAGAUUACCUUCUACGCCUACCUCAACCUCUUGCUGUAGUGCCUGUAGUAAAGUUCCAGUUCCAGUGGUGCCUGUAACGAAGGUUCGACGUAGUUGACGAGACCAAAAGUGAGCCCCUAAGGCCUUCUUGCUGGAAAGGGUGGAAUGGCUAGCGUC